AUGAACAUCCUUUUACAGGAUCCAUUCGCUGUUCUUAAGGAACAUCCUGAGAAACUCACACAUACAAUUGAGAACCCUUUACGCACCGAAUGUCUUCAAUUCAGCCCUUGCGGUGACUACCUGGCUCUUGGGUGUGCCAAUGGAGCACUUGUCAUUUACGAUAUGGAUACAUUCCGACCCAUUUGUGUCCCAGGAAACAUGUUGGGAGCACAUGUCCGACCCAUUACAUCUAUCGCAUGGUCUCCGGAUGGAAGAUUUUUGCUCACAAGCUCUAGAGAUUGGUCAAUAAAACUUUGGGAUCUUUCAAUGCCAAGUAAGCCUUUUAAAGAAAUACGAUUCGAUUCUCCAAUUUGGGGCUGCCAAUGGCUGGACGCUAAGAAGCGGCUUUGUGUAGCUACGAUAUUUGAGGAAAGUGACGCCUAUGUCAUUGACUUCAGCAAUGAUCCGGUCGCAAGUCUUCUCAGUAAACCUGAUGAGAAACCAUUGAGUCCGACGCCUGAUCAUGGAUAUGUCCUUGUUUGUACAGUGCAUACCAAAUACCCAAAUAUCAUUAUCGUUGGAACUUCAAAAGGUUGGCUUGACUUCUAUAAGUUCCAUUCUUUAUCUCAAACAGAAUGCAUUCACUCUCUUAAAAUCACGAGUUCUAAUAUCAAACAUUUAAUUGUUUCGCAGAAUGGUGAGAGGUUGGCUAUUAACUGCUCUGAUAGAACAAUAAGACAAUACGAGAUAAAUGUUGAUGAUGAAAACUCUACUGUUGAGUUGGCCUUAGAGCAUAAGUAUCAGGAUGUGAUUAACAAGCUGCAGUGGAACUGUAUCCUUUUUAGUAAUAAUACUGCCGAAUACUUAGUCGCUUCUACACAUGGUUCUUCUGCACAUGAACUAUACAUCUGGGAAACGACAAGUGGAACGUUAGUGAGAGUUCUAGAAGGUGCAGAAGAGGAGUUGAUAGAUAUUAAUUGGGACUUCUAUAGUAUGAGUAUCGUGAGUAAUGGUUUUGAAUCUGGGAACGUAUACGUGUGGUCUGUUGUUGUUCCACCAAAAUGGAGUGCUUUGGCGCCGGAUUUUGAAGAAGUAGAGGAGAAUGUCGACUAUCUGGAGAAGGAAGAUGAAUUUGAUGAGGUCGAUGAGGCUGAACAGCAACAAGGGCUAGAGCAAGAAGAAGAAAUAGCCAUUGAUCUUCGGACAAGAGAGCAGUAUGAUGUUAGGGGUAAUAACUUGCUUGUCGAGCGGUUUACAAUCCCUACCGAUUAUACGAGGAUAAUUAAGAUGCAGUCGUCGUAG